GCAUUCAUACUGUGGACUUUUCCAGAAGAUGAACUGGAAGGAAAAAUUAAAACUUAUACCUAAAACCAUUUUCUAUAUAACAUUUGUGGGAAGUGUAAUGCCCAUGUAUUUGAAUAUAAGCAAAGGUUUAUAUAAUAAUUUCAUAGCUACCUCAAUAUCAUUCUAUUUGGAUACAUUAUUUUUAAACUGGAAUACCUCCUUUCCUGCGGUGACUAUCUGCGAACUGUACAAUGGUGAAAAGUUAUGGGAUUUAAGUGAGAAAUAUUUUGGCAUUGACCACGAUUUGCGGCUGGACGAUGUGGUGGGAGAAAUUGUUUACUUCCAAGGCAGUUGUACGGCCUGUGACACAUGCGAUAAUCAAAAUCUCACCUGCCCUCAGAAUUUCACACAAUUACUGGAUAUGUUUCGCAGCAAUUGUUCCGAACUGAUAGGAAAUUGUAAAUACAAUAACAAUUUCAUUGAGUGCUGUGACCACUUUCAACCGUUGCGCACAGAAUAUGGACUUUGUUAUGCUUUCAAUUCCAAUCAAGCUAACAAAGCUGCAGAAGUGGCCUAUAUUAACAAUCGGCGAGCCGGAGCCGGCCACUUGACUUUCGAAGUAACUGCAGAUAUUCAACUAUUUCUUCAUUCCCCAUUUGAAAUACCCUUUCUAACGGCAGAUGGUAUGAUAAGAGAGACCGUAUUGCAAGGUUGGAAUAAAGAAAUUAUCAUAACGGCUAUGGAAGUGUAUAAUCACCAGAGUCUAAGUACCAUCGAUAUGGAUGAGAGAAAAUGCCGAUUUUUCACCGAACGAACUGAUCUUGGAAGUUAUCUGGAACUGUAUAGUUUUUAUAGUUUUUCCACAUGCAUAGUGGAAUGUGCUUUUUCCAUACAUUUGAAAUUUUGCAAUUGCAGCAAUCAUUUCUUGGCCAAAGAAGGUUCUGCCCAUUAUCGAAUGUGCGACUAUGAAGGUUUAAUGUGCUUAACCGAUUACUAUUAUGACAUCUUGGAGGAGAGACGUCAAUGCGACUGCAUGAGCCCUUGUGAGGAACCAGAAUACAAUAUUAUUUUCAAUUCAGCUGAAUGGAACAUGAAGAGAAAAUCCGAUUUAACAAAAAUUCGUGUGGGUCUUGCUGAAUUGCCUACGCUUCGCUAUGUGCGAAAAGUCUCAAAAACAAAUUUGGAUUUACUGAUUUCUCUCGGUGGCCUGGCAGGUUUGUUCUUCAAUGCCUCAUUGAUACGCGUGGUGGAAUUGAUAUUUUGGGUAUACGAUUACAAAUGGAGAAGUCUUUUCAAUUAAUGAAUGAUUUUUUUUUUCAUUAAAUAUUUAAAAUUGUAUUUAUUUAGU